AUGGCCUGCAAAGCGAGAAGUGAAGCCCCAGCGCCAGUACAGAAACGAAAGGUCAACAGUUUUGACAAUUCUACAGAACAGGGAUACAUGGCAACUGGAUAUCUUGCAGGUGAAUCACACACGCAGGAUCAACAGGAGUCUUGUUUCCACCUUCAGACAGAUAACAGAUCUGGACUGAACCAGUCAUUGUACAGAGAUUGUUGCACAACCAGAGGAUCGAGACCUAUCUAUGCGUUCACAUUCCUGACGAAGGUAGAGUGGAAGUGCUGUUUGGCAGAACAGAAAGGGUUCAAAUUCCUGACGAAGGUAGAGUGGAAGUGCUGUUUGGCAGAACAGAAAGGAGACACGGGUGUGGAAUCCCACGUGCACAAAUGCAUGGUGCGUGAGUGUGAAGAGGUUCUUUGAGGUGGACACGUUUGACGCGAGAAGAAGGUAGGGUAUUAUUGUCUCCGACAUUUUGCCUUAUCCGCCUAGUGGAAUCUGUGGAAACUUGAAAAUGUACAAGCCUUUGCAAUCAUCCCUUGCCAAAUGAAUAACUUAGAAGGGGGCAGUACAGUGGUUUCUU